AUGUUUCAUGUCGUGAAGCAGUGUCAUGGACCAGGUCCAGCUAUCACAUUCAUUCAACUUUGGGAGCAAGAUCUAUUUGAAAACUGGGAUGACCAUUUGCCAGAGACAGUAUCUCUGGAUCAGACCACCUACCCAUUCAAGUACGAUGUCAAGGGUACCGCUAAUGGGGAUGAAUUUCCAUCAACCCUCUACGAUUUUUACCUGUGGGCCGAACACAACUGCACUUCUGACCGUCACACUACAAGAAAUAAAAUAUAUUCCUUCUCAUGGUCGACAAGCCAAACAUCAAUCGGUUUGGGCGUGUCAUUCAGGCAGACUGACUAG